GAUAUACCCUUGACUCCCGUUCUCCACAGCAAACAAUAGUGGUCAGCCUCGAAGGCUCGACCGAAUGGUUGGUAGGAAAGCUUAGAACGCAAGGGCAUUCUAGCCAAGUAUCAAGGGUUCUGAUUGGUGCAGCAAAUACGGACGUACAUCGCCCGGGGAGCCCAGGCGAGAAAUGGAUGAGAUGGCCAUGGAUCUACGAUAUGCUGAAAGCAUGGGUCAACCUCUCUUGUUCCUGAACACUACGGAGCAUCUGUGUCUUCCAGAUCCACACCGUCCGUUAUCAUCGUCGAGUCUGCUGGAACAUGGUGACACACUGAACUCGGCUGUUCCAAGUGCGAAUGUUUGGAACAAGGUCUCGAUCAUCCAUUACAAAUCUUUUCUCGAAAUGCAGGGAAGGAACAUUCGUUCGCGACAAAAGCGGACGACGGACACUUUCGGUGUCAAUAAACACCAAUAUAUAUGUGGAAGCCGACCCCUAUCACCCCAGACUCCAGUGACCUCGGCAUUGGUGUCUGUAACAUCUUGGGUUGGUGUCUCUUGCCGCUCGUUCCCGUUUUCGAAAUCGAUGUCCGAAGACAAUGAGCUGGGUGCUUCGCAAUCGGGACAGGCUGUGUCAAAAGUCCCUUUGGAUGUCUGGCACCUGGUUACCGCUUGGCUUGAGCCUUUGGGCCUCCUUAAGCUAUCAAUGGUAUCUCUCCCACACCGUCAGAUGUGUGCCGCACGUUCUGUACUGACAUUCUGUCUUGUUGGGAGACAUCGAAAUGGCUGUAUGACAUACUCAUGAACGAUCGCUACAUAUGGAACCGCGAAGCGCGCCGCCUUAUGACACAGGAAUCCGUAUUGACCGCACCCAUUCCUCU